UGCGGGUGUUUAUGGUGCAGGCGACCACACCGUAGUGGUCCUCCUCGUAGGGACGGAACAUCGCGUGACUGGAAAUCGGCGUAGUGGAAGUAAUCUUUGGAAAGCGGCCUUGGCGAUUUCCCGGCCUCAUGUUGGGCACCGCACAUAUACGCAAAACCACACAUUUAGGCAGACCAGCCCGCCACAUUCGAGUUCUUCUCAUUCUCUCUCCUCUACUUUCUCUCUCUAACUUUUGAGUCCAUGUGCUUCUGCUCUGAGCAUGAACUCCACCACUUCGAAUUCUCAAUCAAUGGCGACCUCGACGCCCACUGACGGGUCUGGCAAGAAGGUGAGAAAGCCUUAUACUAUAACCAAGUCGAGGGAAAGCUGGACCGAGGAAGAGCAUGACAAGUUUCUUGAAGCUCUUCAACUAUUUGACAGAGAUUGGAAGAAAAUUGAAGAUUUUGUUGGUUCAAAAACAGUUAUUCAGAUUCGAAGCCAUGCCCAGAAAUACUUCUUAAAAGUUCAGAAGAACGGGACAAUUGCACACGUGCCUCCUCCUCGACCUAAGCGCAAAGCUGCUCAUCCGUACCCACAAAAGGCACCAAAGAAUGUUUUGGUUCCAUUGCCGGCAUCCAUGGCUUUCGUUUCUUCAACAAAUACUAUUGCACCUGGGUAUACCACAUGGGACGAAACUUCAGUGCCGAUUAAUGCUGGAUCAAACAGAUACAUACCCUGUCAGGAAGAAAUCACCACCCUUCAUGGGAAUGAAGCUGAUAUUGGAUCAAAGGGGAUAUCAAGGAUUAGCAACAGCAGUCUCAGCGGUGUUGAAACCUCUACUAGAAUGCUACAAGGUUCUGAGAUGCCAAAGCAAGGGAAACAAGGUCCAGUGCUUCAUGGCUUACCAGACUUUGCUGAGGUUUAUAGCUUUAUUGGAAGUGUAUUUGAUCCAGAUACAAAAGGACAUGUCCAGAAGCUGAAGGAAAUGGAUCCUAUAAAUUUUGAAACUGUUUUGUUGCUGAUGAGAAACCUCACUGUCAACUUGUCUAGCCCUGACUUUGAGCCUUUUGUUAUGCAGCGACUGAGUCAAACCAGUUUUAUUUUUGGGAUGCCGGGAAGAGUCAUAUAUGGAAAAAGAAAACAUUUUUAUUGUUGUCCAUGGUUGAUCUUGAAGGUGGUUUUGUCAUCAUAUGUUGCCAGUACGAAGACAGCAGAAGUUACCGCAGGAAUUGCUGCUAAAAAGGAAACAACAAACGAUCUAUCAUGUCAACCUGCUUAACAACUGGAAAUUAGCUGAAUGUUAGGAGGGUCCAAUUUGCAUGGAAAGAUGCCAUUUUGCUCAGCCUCCAGCAAGGCAGGGAAGUGUCUUGGCCUCGCUGUGAACUGAAACCUGUAAAUGUGACAAUAUGCCUUUGUAACCCCAGCCCAUGAGAAUACGUAAAGGAAUGCUGAAAGAGCAGAAAUGUUAUCCAGCUGAUUCUAAGGUCCAUAGGAUCGUAGUAUUGCAUGUGGUUCUUGUAGCUGUACUAGAGAUGUUGCCCCUUCCAACUCACCCUUAGGUCAGUGUUAUAAAAUAUUUUUGAUGUUCUAGUGCAUUUUACAAUUAAAAAUGAA